GACAUUUAGCAGCAUGAUCGUCUGUCAGGAGAAGAUGACCUGCAGCAUCCUGCUGCUCAUCACCCUGACCUCCUGCGUCUGUGGUUCGUUUCCACCUGCAACAGGAACAUUUGUAGUGAAUGUGACACAGAGCUCCUAUCAGGCAGAGGAGAACGAGGACAUCACACUGGAAUGGACGUUCACAACCAAACCUGACAGUUCAAACUCCCUUAAUAUCUUCUGUGAACUGAUUACUGAUCGCAAGGUCUCAGUCCUGUAUCAUCUACAGGAAGGUGUUGAGGUCCCAGAGUCUCAGGAUGGACAGUUUGCAGGACGAGUCCAGUGUGACAGAGACGUCCUCAGAGAAGGACGACUCAGACUUCAUGUGUCCAGACUCAGGACUGAGGACUCGGGCCUGUACCUGUGUAAAGUGAGGACAACUUAUGGUGGCAGCUUUGGUAAAAGCAGACUCAAUGUCACUGCAGGAACAUUUGUAGUGAAUGUGACACAGAGCUCCUAUCAGGCAGAGGAGAACGAGGACAUCACACUGGAAUGGACGUUCACAACCAAACCUGACAGUUCAAACUCCCUUAAUAUCUUCUGUGAACUGAUUACUGAUCACAAGGCCUCAGUCCUGUAUCAUCUGCAUGAAGGUGUUGAGGUCCCAGAGUCUCAGGAUGGACAGUUUGCAGGACGAGUCCAGUGUGACAGAGACGUCCUCAGAGAAGGACGACUCAGACUUCAUGUGUCCAGACUCAGGACUGAGGACUCGGGCCUGUACCUGUGUGAAGUGAGGACAACUUAUGGUGGCAGCAUUGGUAAAAGCAGACUCACUGUCACUGCAGGAACAUUUGUAGUGAAUGUGACACAGAGCUCCUAUCAGGCAGAGGAGAACGAGGACAUCACACUGGAAUGGACGUUCACAACCAAACCUGACAGUUCAAACUCCCUUAAUAUCUUCUGUGACCUGACUACUGAUCACAAGGACUCAGUCCUGUAUCAUCUGCAUGAAGGUGUUGAGGUCCCAGAGUCUCAGGAUGGACAGUUUGCAGGACGAGUCCAGUGUGACAGAGACGUCCUCAGAGAAGGACGACUCAGACUUCAUGUGUCCAGACUCAGGACUGAGGACUCGGGCCUGUACCUGUGUGAAGUGAGGACAACUUAUGGUGGUGGCGUUGGUGAAAGCAGACUCAAUGUCACUGCAGCGAGGGAUCGGCCCGAACCUGAGAGACCAAACACAGAAAGUCGGGGAAGGAUCGGCCUCUACUGUGCACUUGGACUGUCAGCAGCAGCAGCUGUGCUGGGUGUUUGUUACUGUUUAUUCAGCCACUCUCAGCCUGGUGAACAAAGUCCACCCAGUCAGUCUCAGCUUGGUGAACAGAAGAUUGCUGCUCAGUCCAGUGAUGGAUGUGAGCAAAGUUGCAGAUCAGCAGAUGGAUCAGAGGAAACAGUUUGAUCAACAAUGUAAACGAGACAAGACUGUUAAAACCAACUUUAUACCACGGACACAGAAAAUACCAGUUUCCCAUUGGCUGGCAGGUAAUAAAACUGUCCAUCAGAGCACAUCAUACAUACCAGCAGGAAGUGGCCGUGGUAUAAGAGUCAUAGUACACAGCUGAUAUACAAAAUAAUGGACCUGAUGGAGGAAACGCUGUUCUUCACCUUUACGCUGUCCAGUGUUUUGAUUGGACGCCUCAUCACACUCUGUCACUUAUCAGACAGACCUGAAAUCUAAUGCUGAGAAGCAUGUCCACCUCGUAUUCCAUGUAUAUGCAAUGUGUUUUUACCUUUUGUAUUUACAGUUCUGUAACUGCAGCUGUGAGUUUUGACUUCAUUUCCAGACUUUUUUAACUUCUCCACAUGGAGCUUUAACACAAAGAGCUGAAACCUUUUUA